ACUUAUUGGAUCAAAUUUUAGGGAGUCAAAAGUAUUUGAGCAUAAAGAUAAAGGCCCCACGGGUGACAGUUGAGUUCUGGAUUAAUUACGUGGAGCCCUGCUAGAAAACGUGCACACAGAAAUUAGCUGUAUUAACAAUACACCCUAACUGCUCCCUUAAUCAAUCACUACAAACAGAAACAGUGGACGGAGCAUAUUCACAAAUUCGCUGACGAAUAUGAAUAGCAAACAACAGCUGGUGAUUGGUUGAUUUCGAUGAAGAGAAGAAGAAGAAGAAGAAAGAAGAUCACAACACAAGAGACAAAGAUAUGUUCAAUAUGGAUUUUUCUAAAGACAAUUUAAAAGGCUUUAUUUUGGCUUUAUCAUCAAGUGCUUUUAUAGGAGCAAGCUUCAUUAUCAAGAAGAAAGGCCUCAGAAGAGCAGCUGCAGCUUCUGGUGUUAGAGCUGGUGUUGGUGGAUUCUCAUAUCUAUUGGAGCCUCUAUGGUGGUUGGGCAUGUUCACCAAAUAUCCAUGGUUGUAUACUUUUAUAUAGUGAUUAUUGGAGAGGUCGCAAAUUUUGUCGCGUACGCAUUUGCGCCAGCAGUUCUAAUUACCCCACUUGGUGCAUUAAGUAUUAUUGUCAGUGCUGUCUUGGCACACUUUAUCUUGAAUGAGAAGUUGCAAAAGCUAGGGGUCUUGGGUUGUGUGAUGUGCAUUGCUGGUUCUAUUAUAAUUGUGAUCCAUGCACCUCAGGAGCAUCCUAUCACUUCCAUUCAAGAAAUAUGGAGUAUGGCAACUCAACCAGCUUUCUUGCUUUACGUGGCCUCAGUGAUCGUCCUUGUUUUUAUUCUGAUCUUCCAUUUUUCGCCACGAUGUGGGCACUCAGAUGUCUUAGUUUUUACUGGCAUCUGUUCAUUGAUGGGUUCUCUUUCGGUUAUGAGUGUCAAAGCUGUUGGAACUGCUCUAAAAUUGUCGUUGGAAGGAAACAACCAAUUACUUUAUCCAGAGACUUGGUAUUUUGUGUCUAUCGUUGUUACAUGUGUCAUCACUCAAAUGAAUUAUCUCAACAAGGCACUUGAUACAUUCAACACUGCAGUUGUUUCACCCAUUUAUUACGUGAUGUUCACAUCGCUUACAAUUCUUGCGAGUGUCAUCAUGUUCAAGGAUUGGGAUGGCCAAAACAUUGGAAGCAUUACAUCUGAAAUAUGCGGAUUUGUUGUUGUGCUUUCUGGUACGGUCCUAUUACAUUCAACCAGAGACUUUGAGAGAAGUUCUUCUUUUAGAGGUGGUUAUGCUCCAUUAUCUCCUACAUUAUCUACUGGACUCUGCAGCGGGAAUGCAGAAUUUUUCAAGUAUGAAGAGGUAGAUGUGCCAUCUGCGGAUGAAAUGUGCUUACGAAGACAGUAGUAGACUUAAUUAGUAAGGGACCUCUUAUUUCAUCUAGUUGUGAAAGGCAAGAUCCCAAGUUUUUCCAGUGGAAUCUCCAUGCUAUCACAGUACUUUUCUGGUUACAUCGAAACAUGGCACGCACGGAAAGUUUACUUUCAUGUGAUUGUCUAGUGGCUCUCAGUAGCGAGCAUCUUAGAAAAUCAGUUUUAUGCAGAGGCAUGGAAUGGUUAUUGAUCCCUGUAAGUAUUUGUGGGUCUCUAUUUGGUGUUUCCAUGAUUUCAUUUGGAAGGAAGGGUUUAUUCAACUUUCUGAAAUUAUCAAAGGCAGCUAGCUCGAAAGAGUGACUCUUCCACUGAAACCUGAAUCUUAGGAAGAAAGCUGGAAUCAUGGAGGAGUUUCUAAGCUGUGAAAUUUAGUGUGUUGACAGUGAAAGUGAGGAUGUGGGUGCAGAGUGGUAUUUGUGAUCAGUUGUUCAUAGGUGUGUAGAUUGAUCGUUCAUAAGCUAAAUAUGUGGGAAGAGUGAAAAUGUUACUCUGAUCAGUUCUGGGAAGAACAUGAAACUCUGAAACUGAAAGACUCAUUCCAUAGCACUAGUUGAAUUCUGAUUCUUUAUUUUUAUUAAUUUCUUAAUGUCUACUUCCAUUGAUUAAGAUAAAACUAAUAAUUCAUAUAAGAGUACCAGCUGAGAGCUUUUGUAAUAGCAUUUGCAGCAACAAUUAUUAUUGUAAUUAUUGUAGUUAUUAUUAAUUUAAAGAGUAAUGUAUUUUUCUUUUA